GUUAGAUUUAACUGCUCACUCCGUCUGAGCGUGCAUUGCGCGUCGCGUGUAAACAUCGCGUGGUUUGAAGUGAAUUUUAAAUUACGAAUUAAUCGUCAUGGCGUCUGUUGCAACAUUAGUUCAGCCGACGGGGGAGAUGUGGAAGAAAAUUCGUGUUGAAUUGAAUGAAGAUGUUAACACGAGAGAUCAAGACCUCACAGCGAUUAAGGAAUGGCUCCGGAAACAGCCAUAUUUACCUGACGAAUGGGACGAAGGUCGGAUCAUGACCUUCCUUCGGGGCUGCAGCUUCUCUUUGGAGAAAUGUAAGAAGAAACUCGACAUGUACUUCACUAUGAGAGCUGCUUGUCCAGAAUUCUUCACCAACCGGGACAUCAACAGACCAGAACUUCAAGAACUAAUAACCAAAGCACAAGGAGCUCCUUUACCGGGAUUGACUCCAGAUGGGCGGCGAGUCACAAUAUGUCGAGGUCUUGACAAGAACAUUGACCCCGAACAAUUGAAUAACAUAUUCAAAAUCGCACUAAUGAUUGGUGACGUCAGACUUAAGGAAGAACUGGAGGGAGUGGGAGGUGACAUUUACAUCCUGGAUGCGUCGGUGGUCACGCCAAGUCAUUUAGCGAAAAUAUCACCGUCUUCUAUCAAGAAAUUCUUAAUUUGCGUACAGGAAGCCUAUCCUGUCAAGCUAAAACAAGUGCACGUUGUACAUACAUCGCCUGUCAUCGAAGCAUUAAUAAAUUUCAUCAAGCCGUUCCUUAAGGAUAAAAUCAAGAACAGAAUUUUCGUCCACUCCGACAUAAGUACGCUGCAUGAACACGUACCCAAAGAUAUGCUUCCGGAAGAAUAUGGCGGAAAUGGAUGUUCCCUUGAUGAAGUAAACGAAGCGUGGAUGAAGAAACUACAGGAUUACACGGAAUGGUUCAAAGAACAGGAAUCAGUCAAAGCAAAUGAAGCCCUCAGACCUGGGAAACCAACCAACUACGAUGAGCUAUUUGGCAUCGAUGGUUCCUUUAGACAGCUGUCAAUUGAUUAAUUAAAAACAUUAAUUUUCAAGGGGUGACUGUCAAACAAUACGAUGUCUUCUUUUUUCGAAUAUCAAAUCAACGGUGAGAGAAAGAGAUAAUUGUUUAACUAAACGUUUUAUAUGUAAGGUCGUAAAUAUCUGUGCUUUAUUCGGGUUAUAUAUUAAUUAAAUUCGACUGGGAGGUUUAUUUCAAUUGUGUUACGCUUUAAUAUACUGUUAAUUAAAUUGUAAGCUUAUAACUUCGUCUUAUUUUAUUCGUUUCAUUUUAAAAUAAAACUACUUUGGUAAAGUCAAUUGCCACAAAUUAUUAAGACAAGACAAGACAAGGCUGUAU